AUGCGACCAGUUCCCGCUGACGGCUUGGCGACUUGCAGGUGCCAGACAUGCCUCCGACUCGGCCUUGAAUGCGUGCAGUUCGACAUCUUCUGUCCCAUCAACGUCGUCACACCGACACGCGACACUCGGUCGUCGAGAUCCGUGAGCGACGCCGACCCGGAGCCGGAUGCGGACGACUUGAACCACUCGAGCCCGGCAUCGACCUCGUCGGGGUCUUCCGGCAGCUCGGCGGACGAUGCAGAAUCUAGCACCAGCCGCGAGCUGGUCCCCGUAAAGGCGCGGAGGCUGUCGCGAUCCUCGACUCAGUCUCAGCCGGAGCUGCAGUUCCAGACGCAGUUCCAACUCGUGCACCCCAACCGUAGUCGCCGCCGCAGCAAUCGCGACAACCAGGAUCACCAGGCAGUGGCCCUGCGGGCUCGCGGCGCCUCGCGGGAGAUACCGUCGCUGUCCGAGUUUUCCUAUCUCUCUACGAGCGAAUACUUCUACCUGCAGUACUACCUGGAGCGGCUGAGCAACGUGCUAGUCAACGCAAACAGCCGCGUCAACCCGCUCAAGUCGCUGAUUCUGCCGCGAAUCGCCUCGUCGAGUCUGCUGCUCGACGCCAUCUGUGCCACGGCUGCCGUGCACCGCUCGAGCGCGUCGGAGGUCGAUCGGUCCGAGUACGCAACCAUGGCAACGCGGUACUAUGUUCGGGUGUUGUCGGCGGUGCGAGAGUUGAUCCCGCGAGUAUCGAGUUCCAGCUCUGGUUCCGGUUCGGUCUCUGGAAGAACAAGAGACUUGUUAACUGAUGGGGACGCAUCAAUUCCGAUGGACGACGGUGAUGACAUUGCAGGAGACGACGAUGGUAGCAGUAGUAGCAAGGGCAAGGGCAAAGGAAAGGCCAAGAACAAGAGGAACACGGCCAUCGCGGAUAAGGACACGGCUGAAAUGGCCAUCCUUGCCUCGAUCUUCCUCUGCAAGUACGAGAUCAUCAAGGACGGCGUGGAGAACUGGCGCUUCCACCUGCGAGGUAUCGAGUCUCUGUGCCAGUCGUUGGAUGCGGAUCAGGCUGCCUCCAUGUCCGAGACGCUGACCUACGUUCGAAGCUUCAUGUCGUACCAUAAGAACAUUGCUCGCGUCACCGAGUCUUCACCGCAGGCAGUCGAUGACGAGUUCGAGCAUGAGCCCUUUGAACAAGACCGGCUGUUCCCAGUCGACCCCUACAUGGGCUUUUCUCAGAGCCUCAUCAUUCUCCUCGGCCGCGUCAACGACCUCCUCGUGAUCAACGUUCGGGAUGAACCCGAGAAGCUGGAGCAAGGAAUAAGGGAAUUGUUGCGCUUGCUCUCCCUGAGAAGCUGGGACGCGCAUCGGUUCGCCAUUCCGGAGGGCAUGUCAGCCUCGACAAUCGAAAACUCGUCCCACAUUGCCGAGGCCUAUCGGUGUGCCGUCAUUGCCUGCAUCCAUGCCGUGCUCGAGCUUCAGGCGGAGAGAGAGGCGGAGAGGGAGGCGAAGAGGGAGAGAAACGGCGCCUUCCAGGCCCAGGCAGCAUCACAAGCUCAAGCCCAGCCGAUGAUGUCCAUCAACUGGGUGUACCUGCAUGCUCUGUUGCCCACGACAAAGGCGGACGCUCUGACAAAGUGCCUGGCGGCGGUGGCUCGAGUUCCGCUCGGGUGUCCGGAAGAGGCCGGUCUGCUCCCCCUUCUCUUCAUCGUUGCCUGUGAGACGAAUCGGCCAGACCAGGCUCGGGAGGCGCUGCAGCGCGUGGAAGCGCUGGGCAGCCACAUUGGGCUGGGGAACGUCAAGUGUGCAAGUGCCUUGUUGAACCAGGUCUGGAAGAGGAGAUCGGAGCAGGGAAACUUUUCGGACUGGCGGGGGUUGCUGGCAAUGGCGAAGUGGGAUCUCAUCAUCACUUGA